GCACUCAGAGAUAUUGAAAACUCUGGAAUGGAGCUUGCCAACACGCAGUUUCGAACGCUGCGAGCUUUACGAUUAGUCGCUGAGGUCUAUGCUAUCAAAGGUUUCUGUAUGGAAGCAUUAGAAGGCAACGACAAAGCUACGGAUAAGAUGAAGGCCUUGUUUUGCUAUGAAAAAGCUGCUGAGCUAGCCAUCCUUUAUGUUGGAGAAAUAGAGAAAAAUAUUGUUAGCGGAACUGGGAAAGGCAACCCCUCUACACCUUCGCCUACGCAGAAAUCAGAGAAACUCGGUGAUAUUCUCGAAUGUUGCUUGGAAAGGGUAGCUGCUUUGCGUGUUCGAGACUCUACUAUAGAACGGAAGAGCAACGUAGAAGGCAUAGAGUGGUAA